CGACAAAAAAAUGAAGUUAUUUUUAAAUUUCACAUCCGUAACAAUGCAGUAAAUUUCUCUUUAAUUAUUAUUUAUAGAAAAUUAGACUAAAUUUAAUUGAACUCGUCGAUGACUAAACUGAGAGAUGAACGAUUUGGAUUUAAUUCUAUUUGAGUACUUACUCGAAAAAAAUAUAUAGAUACAUAUAUACAUAUAUAUGUCUACAUACAUAAAUAAAAAAAGUAUGUCCAUAUAUAAAUAAUAGCAUUAAAUACGAGUACUUUAAAGGCGGGAAAUUAUUAACUGUUAAGUUAAAUUAAAAAUGUACUCUGUGGAAAAUGGAAAAAAAUCUGAUGAGGUACUUGUUGUUAAUUUACGUAGUGAUACAUUUACUAAACCCAGCAGAGAAAUGAGACAAGCGAUGUUUGAUGCUGAGGUUGGUGAUGAUGUCUGUGAAGAAGAUCCGACAGUUAAAAGACUACAGGAAUAUGCUGCUGAGUUAUUGGGAAAAGAAGCUGCGCUUUAUGUACCGAGUGGUUCAAUGGGAAAUUUAAUCGCAAUGAUGGUUCAUUGCGAUCAACGUGGCUGCGAAAUGUAUCUAGGAGAAGACUGUCAUAUUAUUCAACACGAACAAGGAACAGCAGCACAAAUAGCUGGCGUUACAAUUUCACCAGUUCCUAAUAAUCCUGACGGGACAUUUGAUUUGAAAAUAAUUAAGCGGAGAUUACGUAAUUCAAAGAACGUUCAUCACCCGAUAUCAAGAUUGAUUGCGAUUGAAAAUACUUUAAAUGGUAAAAUCUUACCGCUAAAGUGGAUAAACGAAGUUGUAGAAUUUGGUAAAAAAAAUAAUUUAAAAGUUCAUAUGGACGGUGCUCGGUUGUGGAACGCCGCAAUUGGAAGCAACACCUGCGUCAAAGACAUCGUUCGAGGCUUAGACUCAGUGACAUUUUGUCUGAGUAAAGGACUGGGUGCUCCAGUUGGUUCGGUAUUGUGUGGCAGCAGUAAAUUUAUAUUAUCAGCACGUCGUUGUCGCAAAGCACUGGGUGGUGGCAUGCGUCAAGUUGGCGUUUUGGCGGCUGCUGGCUUGGUCGCACUGGAUAAUCGCUCUAGAUUGCACAAGGAUCAUGAGAAAGCGACUGCUAUGAUGAAGGCAAUCAAUGAAAUGAACUCAAAAGUCAUCAAUGUUGACGUUGCAACUGUGCAAACUAACAUGGUGUUCGUUAAUGUCAACUCAUCAUCUAAUAUCGAUGCUGAAAAAGUUGUCCAAAGACUUGGAGCAGUGAUUGAUGAUCAUGUUGAUGACAAAGUUAUUGUCAAAGCAUGGGCUGAGUGGGAAGGCUGCUUGAGAUUAGUUUUUCAUCUUGAUAUUUCUGAUGAAAUGCUAGAUGCUGCUAUUAAAAAAUUCAAGUAUGUCAUCGCGCAAUUCGACUCUGCAGUAAAAAAUCAAUGAUUAUAAAUAUUUAUAUUAGAAACUAAAAAUUUUUAUAAUUAUCAUCA